AUAACACAAACAGAAAAAUUAGUAAACAGAGCCGAAAAAAUCGAAUUAAUUAAAAUAAACGCAUAAAGAGCUAUAAUUAAGACAUGACUCUGUUGAGAAUCGCUAGUAGAGCUGUUCUCACAUUACAUCCAACUAUUAGUUUGCUGAAUCAGCAAAAAGCGAAUGUAGCUCGAUGGGUUCGUCCAACAUUAAUGGAGAUUAGAGCGAGAAAGAAGAAAUUAGAGAUUAAGAAUGGCCCACAAAAGGAAUCGCCAAGAUCAAAUUUUAUUGAAUGGAAUUAUGAUGCUGAAAUUUAUGCUUUUGGAAUUAGACUGAAAGAGAAGUUUAAUUACACAUUAUUGCAACAAGCAUUUGUAGAUCGUUCAUAUAUCGUACAAGAAGAGAUGAAGCAACGAUCAGUCGGUGUUGAGAAUCCAUCACUUAAUCUCUCAGAUAAUUCAGCAUUAGCUAAGAAAGGCGAGGAACUGAUUACAGAAUUUGUCAUUUCAUUCUUGAAUCUAUCAUUACCGAAAUUCCCAAGAGAUGGAAUCAAAGCUAUUUACAGACAUUUAGUGUCUGAUGAGGUUCUACUGAAAGUUUCGCAGUCAAUUGGCACAAAAGAUUUAAUUUUAUCAUCAAAUUAUCCACCAAUGAACGAUGUUUAUGUAGCAACAUUAAAGGCAAUAAUCGGUGCCUUAUUUGAGUCAUCUGGAGAAGCUAGAGCCUACGAAUUUAUCAGAGACUUCAUUUGUACGCAAUUAAAUCAAGUAGAUGUUAAUGAAUUAUGGAAAAUUGAGAAUCCAAUGGAACUUUUGAAGGAAAUUUGUAAGGAUAAGAAGCUUGGAGAACCAGAGCCAAGAUUAAUUAAUAAUGCAGGACAAAAUACAAUCCUUGCUGUUCAUUAUGUUGGAAUUUAUGCAAAUAAGAAGCAAUUGGGCACUGGAUUUGGUGAAAACAUUCAAAUAGCAAAGGAAGAAGCUGUAAAAGAUUCAUUAAGGACCUUAUUCCAGACAAAUAACAAUAUGAAGCCAUUUAACUUCCGUAUGCCUGUAGAAAAAGUCGCAAAUUUACUUAAGAAGCCAGCACUAGCAGCAGCAAGUGUUGACAACAUUUGACGACGUCGAACUUAUGAUUUUUCUUAUUUUUUGAAGUCUGGGAGGAAGUAGCAUGAACUAAAUGUGUAUAAAGAGCCACUUAGUCGUAGAGAUAUAAUAACUUUUUAAUUAAUUAAUAAUAAAAUUGCGAAAUAAACAGUUUAAUUGCUAAUUGUGUCACUAACUAGAUUUCCAUCCUUGUCUUUCACCCUUAUCCGUCCAUUUGAAUAUCUUGUUUCCAUACUGCCAUCUUCAUACACAAUCUUUACAGUUCCAUCGGGAAAUUCUCUUCUCUUGUAAUUUGACGUGUGAAUCUCUCGCUGACCAUUUGGAAAUGAUAAAACUUUUGUGUCAUUUUUGUAGAUCUUAGCAUUUGUGCCGUCAGGCAUUCUCCAUUCUUCCUUUAUAUCAUUUGUCCAAGUUUUAUUCGUAAUUCUUAUUGAUCCAUCUGUGUAAUGUAUUUCUACUGUGUUAUCUUUGUAUCUGUGCUCUACCUCGCCACUGGAAAUAAUAAAAUUUACAAUUUUAAC